CACAUAGGUACCUAUCAAAAACAGAAAUUCUUUGUUUUCAGGACUGACACUUGGAAUACAAAUUCAAAAAUUUCGAUAAAUACUAUAAAUCAAAAUUUUAUGUGACGUAUAGACCUAGUACCAAUAAUGGGGGAUCCUGCAGAGGAAAAGAAACAACCAUGUAACGCAAGAAUUGACGAAUUAGCUAAGCCCAACAAGCGACUGCUUCUCGAUCUGUGGCAAAACCAUGCGUACCAUUUCCCAGAAGAACGAAAGGAGGCAAUACGUUUGCUGCUUCAAGAAAUGUUUGCAAUGACGCCCGAGGAGACGCAGAAGUACUUUGAGGAGAUUAGUGAAAUUAUAAAAACAUUGGCAGCGCGGGAAAAAAUGAAGAAGAAACUGGUGAGAAAGUACCACAUGAAGGUACGAGAAGUCGAAAGAAGGCGCGCUUUGAAUAAAUUUAGGAAGAUAUUCAUACAAUUAUUAACUUACGCAAGCAAAAACCCGGUUCCGCCGCUUGUCUCUCCUCGGCUAAGAAGCAUGUCGGAUUUGAUUUUAUUCCAAAUUUGUGACUUACGUGGGAUCGUCUUGCCAGAACGUUCAGAUAACGACAAACAAGCACAAUUCCUGUGCAACAUCGCAGAUUGGGUAUCGAUAGCUAUCGAGUACAUAUAUUACGAAAUACACGUGCAGAAGAAUAGGGAAUUGGAAAUAAUCGAAGAACAAGUGGAUGCGGAAAAAAACUUAGAUGCGAAUAAAAAGAGCAAGAAAAGAGGAAAAAUGUAAAAACGUAAUUAGUAAGCGUUUGAUAGUAGUCGAUGUGUCUGUUAUUGAUUUUUCAAGUAAUUAAAUUAACUUUACGGCUUU